AUGGCCGAGACUGACCGCGUCGCUCGUUCGCGAAAAGGUCGCGCGGCAAGUGCUACCGGCAUGGGUAUGAGUGAGUUGUGCGUUGGCAUGAAUGACAAGUCCUCGCGCUCGGUCACCGGUUCUCAUACCGGGAUACCAAGCAAAGGGCCCGAUAGUGGGGGUGCCGAUUUUUUUCGGUCUCCCCCCGCUGAUCGGAGGGCAUCUACACAAUCUGUUUUUUCAGGCAGUGGGUUUCCCAACCUUACCGGCAACAGCGAGGUUGUGCCCCUGGAGGUCUUUCCUCCUAUGGGGCCUGCGCUGGGUCCCGUUGUGGACCCAUCCUCGCACGGCGCCGGUUUUGCCGCUGAAAUGAGGGCAUUGGUCGAGGGACUGUCAGGGCAAAUUGCGUCCCUGGCAGGCAGAGUAGAUCACCUGCAGGCGGAGCGAGCUGUCUCCACUGCGGCCUCUCAGCCGGAAUUUCUUGCUGAUUAUGGUAUGGUAUGGGUAGGUAAAUCUUCACCAAGAAAUGAAAUGUACGAUGGAAGUGAAUUUUUAUCAGAUGAUGAUGAUGGUGAGGAUGACGAAAUGUGGAGACCUGGUAAGAUUGUAACAGAUAGAAGAGAUGUUUUUUUUGAGGAUAAAAGAAGAAUGGAACAUUUUCCUGGUGUUGGUCAGAUGCUUGGUGGCGAUCAUAAACCAUCCAUAUUGGUGCCAAGCAGGCUACGCGAGUCUCAAGAUAAACCAACACAAAUUACCAGUCAAUUACCAGGUCCCCAGUUAACAGUGGAACAAUUUUUGACAAAACUGCCAUUAUCUGUGGUGAAAAGUGGAAAAGUCAUUGAUGUGAGACAUUCAGUAGGAGACACAAUCAAGCAGGGUGAAAGAGGACAGGUUGAAACUACGGUUAUUGAAACACAAGCAUUAAAAGAAAUGAAAGAUAGAGUUGACAUAGCACCAUCCCAGAGACCAAAGUCAUCAAAAGAUGUGGCAACAUUACGAAUUAAAGGAGAAUCCGGAGACAAAGUGUUUGUUUUGAAAAUGAAAUUUAAUGAUACGAUUGGAGAUGUCAGAAAAUAUGUGGACAAGCAUAGAACAAAAGAUGCAGCAGGUUAUGAUAUUUUAACAACAUUUCCAAAUAAAGUAUAUUGCAAUGAGAUGGCAACGCUGGAAGAAUGUGGACUUACACCAAAUGCUACAUUGCACUUAAGACCCAUUAAAAAGAGAUAA